AGCUCGGCUGGUGCUGGCCGGCCGCUCCGAGGGCUCCCGCGGCCCGAGGUCGCCCGUGCUCGGAGUUCUUCCGCCGCCCGAGACCUCCCUCUGGCCGCGGUCUCUAGCGCCCCGAGAUCUCCCGGGCGGGCCAAGAUCUCCGCCCCCACCAUGCGGCCGAGGAGUCCUGGACUGCUCCUGCUGCUGCUCUGGGGUCUGCAAGCCGAGAGUCAAGAAGAAGUGCGAGCGAUGGUGGGCAGCGACGUCCGGCUCCGCUGCAUUCACCCUGAAGAAAACAGCUUCGAUUUAAACGACCUUUACGUUUACUGGCAAAUCAGCAUGGCAGGCAAAGGGAAUGCCGACUCCGUGGUGACCUACUACCUGUCCGGAAACGACUCUGCCAACCACAGUGAUAACCACUACAAGGACCGGGCCCAGCUGUCCUUGGACAGCAUGAAGCGGGGCGAUUUCUCUCUGCAUCUGCGUAACAUCACCCCCCAGGACGAGCAGAAGUUCGUCUGCCUGGUGUUUCAGAUAUCCUUGCAAUUAAAAAAGAUUUUGGAAGUUACAGUCACGCUGCAUGUGGCAGCAAACUACAGCAUGCCCGUGGUCAGCGGCCCAUCCCAGGACGAGGAGCUCACCUUCACAUGCACUUCCACCAAUGGCUAUCCGCGGCCCAAUGUGUACUGGAUCAACAAGACGGACAACAGCGUGCUGGAUGACGCCCUGCACAACAGCACCGUGUCCCUGAACGCGCGGGGCCUGUAUGAUGUGGUCAGUGUCCUGAGAAUCGGGCGAGCCCGCCGUGUCAACGUGGGCUGCUGCAUUGAGAACGUGCUGCUGCACCAGAACCUGACGAGCGGCCAGACAGAAACAUUCACGGGAACCAAGGACAGCAUCACAGAGGACCCAAUCGAUGGCAGCCACGGGGGAGAACCUCGGCCGGUUCUUAGCGUCCUUGUCGUGCUGGCCGUGAUCGUGGCCCUGGCUCUAGCCAUAGGCUGGCUGUGUAGGAGCAGGUGUCCGCCCAGAAGCUACACAGGUGCCCAGGUUGCAAGGCCAGAGCUGGCGCUCACGGAGCACGUGUGAUGAGGGACCGCCCCACCCCAGGACGAGAGCUCCCAGGAGAUGCCCAGCUGGGAUGUCAGAUGGCAGCUUGAGAACUGACUCGGACAGGCCGGGCAGAGGGGACCAUCUGCGCCAGAAGCUCGGAGCUGCAUGGACACUGGCCUCCUGGCAUCGGGGGGACAUGAAAGGCACUCCUGGAAGGACCACACUGAUCCCGGGAGCAUGUGCCAGCUGCUGACCCGAUCCCAAUGAACCUUUCAAAAGUUUGGCAUGGUGGCUCCCCGGGAUUACACAUGCCCCCAGGUAGGUGGGCCCCCCACCUUUGCUGCCAAACACAGAAUAAGAGAAGGGCUGUGACAGCCCCUUCCUGCCACCAGCCUUGGACCCGACUCGCUGUGGGAUGAACUCCUGAGGCUGGAGGAAGAAUGUCUGGUUCAGGAAGAGGUGUGCAGGUGCCCUCUGUUCCGGAUGACCCGUGCUGGGCAGUGGCCACUCCAGGUGCAGCGGCCACUCUCUGGGUCUGCGUGUGAGGCUCCCAGCCCACCCCCAGCCCAAUGGCCCCGUAUCUGUGUGCGUGUCCUGAAGCACAAAACAGGAAACACUGGAAACCCGAAUUCACGUCUCUACAGGAUGCUCACUGGGAGGAAAACCUGACCUCCUUUGUUUUGGUCAGAAGCUAGGUUUCCCUCCUCAAAAGCACGUGGAAUUUUAGAAGCUCUGUGCUGGGCGGAGCAGCUGGACACGGCAGCCCAGGGCUUGGACUCUGCUGCAGGGGACACUUGGGCAGAUCUGGGAUAAGCAUUUCCGGUGAACACCAAUGUGGACAGGUGACCAUCAUGGUCCUUCACAGUGGGGCCACGAGUGGACAGAGGGUGACCUCCCGGCCACGGCAGCUUUUCUUCAAACACAGCAGAUUCCCUCAAAUCUCGCUGGGCAGCCCCUGCCGGCCCCACACCAUUGCCUGUGCCCCCACCUGCCUCCCCUGAGGACCUGCAGGGUCAUGACAGCAAGUUGCCUCACCCAGGGGGUCCCCCAGCCCACCAGGCCUGCUGGGCGGCCUGAUGCCCUGCCCCCACCCAGGUGGUUUCCACGUUAAUUCCGGGAUUGCAUCCAGCAGUUCAGUGUUCCCAGCAGGUUCUGUGAUGGAGUCUGCCAGAUCGCCUGGUGGGCGCCACCUCCCCCCAACCACAAGAAGUGGGCCUGUCGCCCUGUGAUUAUUCAGCGCCCACGGGCAUGUGAGACCUGCGCCUCACAGACCCAGACUCGCAGCAAACUCAACAAGGCGGCUUGGGGUGGAUCCUGAGCCAACAGUGUUUCAAGGAUCCUGCGUGUGUUUGUACCAAAAGCCCUCACAUGGCCUGUAUAUGACUGUGAUGUGGGAUCCACACAGACUUUUAAUAUGAAAGCAUUAGAAGACAUGUGUGGUUCCUCAGAGAAUGACAGAAAGGUGACUCAUGACAUCUCGAGCAAGAAGCCCAAGUGGCAGGCGGGGGUGGGCAGGUGGGAGCAGCCAAGUGGAUACGGGCAGGUGGGCAUGGCCCGUCCACAGUGACUGUGCUGUGAUGCCAGGACAGGUACCCAGGAGGGCUGUUCCACCACCCUGCCGGAGGCCCGGGGCCUGCAGACCCUGAGCAGCCCCUGGUGGGGGGGUGGGGUGGGGGUGGUGUCUCAGCAGCUGCAGGGGGACCGAGUCUGGUUCCAGCUUUCCAGCCAGAAGUAAUUUCCUUCUUGGGGAAGCGGCAGGGCUGGCCCUCCGGCUCGGGCCCCCUUGACACCCUGGCCCGGGAGACUUGCUUGUGAGCUUUGCCUUGGCCCUGGCCUUCCCGAAGCUGAGGACACGCCCUCCAGGCUCCGUGCCAGAGUUGUUAUCUUCCUGCUGGACCUCUUCCAGACCUCUGGGGCUACAGCGGUGCCCGCUCUGUCCAGCUCACACAGGUCACCCCCGGCCAGUUCACCCUGGGCCUUUGCUUGCGUCUCAUGCUGUGUUAUGGAUAGCAUGUGAGUGCCGAGUUUUGACAUUUUUGGAAGCCUGGUUCCAGAGAAUAUAAGCUAUUGGCAUGCCUGGGUUCAGUCA